GCCCACCGGAAGCAGCCCCAGCUCCGGUGACGGGCGAUGGCGGCGGCCGUCACGAUGCUGAAGCCGUUGCUGCUCAACUUCUUCCUCACCGAGAAAUGCUACGAGCAAUUCUUCCUGGAGUUUAACCUGCUGGACGUUCCUUGUCUGAAACUGCUCCUCAGCAAAGUGUUGGGACUGUCCAUCAUCGCCGGAUCGGUGAUGGUUAAACUACCUCAGAUAUUGAAGAUCCUGAGAGCUAAGAGCACGGAGGGUCUGAAUUUUAAGUCGGUGCUGCUAGAAAUGUUGUCCAUCACUGGCUCUAUGGUUUACGGUAUCAGGAACCAUUUCCCCUUCAGCUCGUGGGGUGAGGCUCUCUUCCUGAUGCUGCAGACCUUGAUGAUCGGCUUCCUCAUUCAGCACUAUGGUGGCCGAACACAGAAAGGUGUGACGUGUCUGCUGGUUUACUUUGCUCUGGUUAGUCUCUUGCUGUCACCGUUGACUCCGUUGAUGGGUGUGACCUUUCUGCAGGCUCUCAAUAUGCCAGCGGUCAUUGUCAGCCGGCUGAUUCAGAUCCUCACUAACUAUCGGAACGGCCACACCGGACAACUCGCUGCUCUCACUGUCUUCCUCUUGUUUGCUGGCUCAUUGGCGAGAAUCUUCACCUCCGUGCAGGAGACAGGCGAUCGGCUGAUGAUUCUCACCUACAUAGUUGCGUCUUCCUUUAAUGGAGUCAUUGCUGCCCAGGUGCUGUAUUACUGGAGAGUAUCCACCAGCAAAGUUCAGAAAGCAGAUUAACAAGGGGACACCAACAGCAAAACCACCCACAGAAACUAGCUCAAUAUCGCACCUACCUCACCAUUACCCGCACAGACACUCUCUCUCGCUCUCUCUUGCUCUCUCUCACACACACAACACACACAUGCCUCAGCCACACACACUGACUCUCACUGGGGUACAGGUCCACACACACUGACUGUACCCCAGUGAGCG